UCGGCGCGGCAGUGGGGGCGGGCCGCGCAGGGCGGGCAGAGGGAAGGGAAGAUGGCGGAGGAGGAGAAGCUGCCCGCGGGGUGGGAGAAGCGCAUGAGCCGCAGCUCCGGCCGUGUGUACUACUUCAACCACCUGACGAACGCCAGCCAAUGGGAGCGGCCGAGCGGGGCGGCGCGGGCGGAGCCGGGCCGCGUGCGCUGCUCGCACCUGCUGGUCAAGCACAGCCAGUCGCGCCGGCCCAGCAGCUGGAGGCAGGAGCGCAUCACCCGCUCCAAGGAGGAGGCGCUGGAGCUCAUCAACGGUUACAUCCAGAAGAUCAAAUCAGGAGAGGAGGAUUUUGAGUCUUUGGCUUCGCAGUUCAGCGACUGCAGCUCGGCCAAGGCCGGAGGGGACCUGGGAGCGUUUGGGAGAGGGCAGAUGCAGAAGCCAUUCGAGGACGCCUCGUUCGCGCUGAGGGCCGGCGAGAUGAGCGGCCCCGUGUUCACCGAGUCCGGCAUCCACAUCAUCCUCCGCACAGAGUGAAGUGCCUUCCUGGGAAUCCCGUGGGGAAUCCGGGUGGGAAUUCCUGGGGAAUCCCCGGGGAGUCUGUGGGGGAUCUGUGGGAGUCCUCAGGAAUCCGCGGGGAUCCUGGGGAGUUCACGGAAAUCCAUUGGAAUCCAUCAAAGUCUGUUAACUCCACGGGAAGCCAUGGGAAUUCUCAGGAAUCCACGGGGAUCCACAGGAAAUCCAUGGGAAUCCACAGGAAAUCCACGGGAAUAUUUGGAAAUUCACCGGAAUUCAUGGAAGUCCAUGGAAAUCUCUGGGAUCCUGUGGAAGUCCUCAGGGAUUCAUGGGAAUUCAUGGAAAUCUGUGGGGGUCCGUGGGAAUCCUGGGGAAUUCAUGGAA